UAUGGAGUCUACAGAAGUCUAGAGAGACUUGACUAGUUGACAUCCCUGUCUCCAAUUAGCCUAUAUAGGGCCAAGAGUAUGCUUACAUUACAGCAGCAACUCAAAAAUCUAGAGGCAGUCUUGUUAAUUAUUCAUGGCAACUCCCAUUAUUUCUAGCUCCUCCUUCCUUAGGUUUUUCGUGGGUGUAUUUCUAUGCCUAAGUCUCUGCUCUUUCGAGAACGGAUUUGCUUUGGCAGCAAGAGAUACAAAACCCCACCCUCUCCCACAUACCACUCACACAGUUGAAGUGAAGUCUCUUCUACCAGCAACCACCUGCAGCCCCUCCACCAAAGGUCAUAACAACAAUAACAAGGCAUCAUCGGUACUGAAAGUGGUGCACAAACAUGGGCCAUGCUCCAAUUUCCUCAAAUCAUCAAAAACUUCAACCACAACUUGUGAUGAAAAAUACCAUGCUCAAAUGCUCAAGCAAGACCAAGCCCGAGUCAACUCAAUCCACUCCCGCCUCAACCACAACAACAACAAAGACCCACUCACCCAAUCCGCCGCCACCACCCUCCCUGCCAAGUCUGGUAUCGUUAUCGGCACAGGGAACUACAUUGUCACCGUCAGCCUCGGUACACCCGCCAAGCAACUCUCCCUCGCCUUCGACACCGGCAGCGACCUCACCUGGACCCAAUGCAAGGCAUGUUCUGCCACUCAGUCUUGUUACAAACAGAGAGAGCCCAUCUUCAACCCUUUUCUCUCCGCCUCAUACAAAAAAAUCUCAUGUACCACCGCCGCUUGUACUCAGCUCUCAUCCUUCGGCGUCCAACACGGCUGCUCCGCCUCCACCUCCGCCUGCCUCUACGGCACCCGUUACGCAGACAACUCCUUCUCUGUCGGGGUCUUUAGCAGCGAAAAGCUUACAUUGACCCCGACGGACGUUUUUGAAGGUUUCCUCUUCGGCUGCGGCCUAAAGAACAAAGGCACUUUCGGCAGCUCUGCCGGUAUGCUCGGUCUCGGCCGGAGCAAUACCUCCAUCGUAGAACAAACCGCCAAUAAAUACAACCGGUUCUUCUCCUACUGCCUCCCCUCCACCUCGUGCUCCCCCGGCUACCUCAGCUUCGGCAAAGGCGGCAGAUCUUCCAAUGCCGUCAAGUUCACGGCCCUCUCCACCGUCCCCCUAGGCCACUCGUUUUACGGCCUCAAUGUCGUCGGGAUCAACGUCGGCGGAACUAAAUUGCCGAUUUCGUCUUCGGUCUUUUCGUCUUCGCGGACAAUCAUAGAUUCCGGAACGUUGAUCACGCGUCUGCCGCGGACGGCGUACAGCGUGUUGAAGGCGGCGUUUCGUCAGAGGAUGAAGAGCUAUCCGCUGACUCAGGCGGUCUCGAUACUCGACACUUGCUACAACUUGAGCAGCUUCAAAACGGUGUCGUAUCCGAAGAUUUCGCUCGUGUUUGACGGCGGGCUUACGCAGGAGUUGGACGCGACGGGGAUACUGUUCGGGGUGAGCGCGGAUCAGGUUUGCUUGGCAUUUGCCGGAAACAAGGAUGACAGUGAGGUUGGGAUUAUUGGGAAUGUUCAACAGAGGAGGUUGAAGGUUGUGUAUGACGUCGCUGGAGGAAAAGUCGGAUUUGCCCCUGCAGGUUGCGCUUGAGUAAUGACGAUCGUCCACGGGGUAUGAUUGUAAUACAAACAGCUUGCUAGCUAUAGAAUAAAUCAUAUUUGUGUGUAAUGUAAAUUUUGUUUGUUGGUAAGUCUGUGUCUCCUAUUUUGGGUUCUUAUUCUUAUUUUCUAGAUAUGAGUUUAACUAUUUCUAAAUAUUUAAGAUAAACCCAAAUUCGAAAUAUGCUGUCAUUUAAGAUAAUAUUUGUCCUAGUAUUAUCAAUUAAAUUA